GCGCGAGCCAUUGGGUGGAGCAGCGUGGCGUGCUGCGGAAUACACAUUUAGUAGGUCGUGCAGUUUUUUGCAGAUGCAGGUCGCUGAGUGUGAGCGCGAGGCAGGGGGGGAAAUGGCGAACGGGCGCGGGAGGCGGUGCGCCUUGUGAGGAUACAUUAAAACUCCGGAGCGGUGGCAGGCGGUAGCUCGAGGACAAACAGGAGCAGGAGGGGGACCAUGGAGGACUCGGAGCCCGCAGAGGACGGCUUGCUCGCGGGUUUACGAUGGAAUCGGAGCGCACGCGAUCAGGCUCAGCUGAAACACAAAAUUCGGGAUCUGCCAGGACUACUGAAGCACGGGCUGCACCUGCGGAAGAAGAGCCAAUCACCUGACACAAUACCCGGACCAAGUACUGGACCAACAGUUAACAAGUCUUGUUCCCAGAGUUUUCCAUGUGCUGGUCGGGCUGUGAGGAAUGCCUUCCUCUCUCAUGGACCGUACCCGGCUAAAGACAAGAUACACCUGGCCAGAAUCAUACGGCGUAGCUACGUGGGUGUGGAGCUGGUGCAGUGGCUGUGUGAGCAGUGUGUGUACGUGCGCUGUCGGACUACUGCUGUGCGUGUCUGGCAGGUGCUGCUGGAGCUGGGAGUCCUGCUGUCUGUGGACCAGCGGGUGGUGUUUUCAGACUCAAACUCUUACUACCAGUUCAGCUUUGAGGAGUGUGACUCUGCCUCCUGUGACUUUCGCUGCAAUGAAGGGGAGUGGUCCGAGGCGGUUAGGCUCCUCCUACAACUCGCCCCAUACGUCUCGUUUCGCUCUGGAGGCGGGGCCAACAGCCCGUCAGAGGAGGACUCUGAAGGCAACAGGGACAUCUGCAGUGAGAUUCUCCAGAUGAAAGCUCUUGAGAGGCUCACUUCCACGGUACAAAGUGAGUUGGCAGCUGCUCUUGCCCGGAAGACUCGUAAAGCUUUAUCAGAGCAGGACUCUGAGACGUCAGAGACGAGCCAACAGGAGCCUCGCACACCCAGCGAGGAGAGCAGCCCGCUGGGCGGAGUGUGUGCGCUGCGGGAUGGCGGGGGCAGUGGCGGCGUUGGUGGAGGAAUAGGGACGGGAUGCGGCCGUGAGGAUCUGACCAGCCGGCUGGGGCUGGAAGCCGUUCAGCGGCUGGCCAAGGAUGGCUGUCGGCUUCUGCAGAACCACAACUACCGGCUGCCAGACAGGAACCAGGCGGAGGCAGUGGGGAGGGUUUGUCUGAAGGAGAGAGGACGGGAUGUGUUGGUGUUGCGGAGAGUCACUUCAUCAGUGACGUCGCCAUCCGACCGGCCCUCACCCACGUCGUCAGGAGGCGGGUCCAGAGAGGAGGACUGUGACAAGAGGUAUGUGGUGGUGUCCGGGACGCCCCUCAAGAUCUUGGAGCAUCUGCUGAGUGACCUGCGGUUGGACGACCAAAGAGGGGCGCCAGAGAGCAGGGAGAGCGAAACGCUGCUGGAUGACUUCCUCCUGACAUACCUGGUGUUCAUGUCCACCAAUGACCUUUGCCAGGCUCUGCUCGGACAUUAUAGCAGUGCCCGCUGCAGGGGCCAGGAGGAGGGUAAAGACGCCCUCUUCAGGAAGCGUAAGGUACUGCAGCUGGUCUCCCACUGGAGCAGGCUCUACAAGGACUUCCUGAAGGAAGAGGAGCACGUCAGGAGCUUCAUGAAGACCCUGUAUAGGUGUGUUUUAGAGGACCUGUACGAGUUCCCCACGCUUGAGAAGGACCUGAAGGAGUUCCAGAAACUCCUGCGUCGCCGACACACUGUCGAUGAAUGCCCUCCAAACCAAAAGAGUAAACAAAUGUAUCAGCAGUUGAGUUUGAAGGAAAACUGUUUGCAACUCCGAAGUCCUCCGACCGAUACUAGAGAGGUUAUUUGCUGUGUGUAUGUGAGCGCUGACUCAUACCUGAGUGUCCACACACACCCGUCACUGGAGGCCCAUGAGCUGCUAAGGAUUGUGGGUCUGAAGAUGGACAGAACAGAAGACGACAUGGUGCUUGCCGUGGCAUCGCACACUGGAGAGCGGAGGGUGUUACAGCCCAGUGACUGUGUGUAUUCAGAGUCUUUGACCCCGCAGGGAAAGCUUGUGGUCUGUCGCAGGGAUCUCAAUGAGAUUCUGCCUCCAUUAACGGACAGUGCUGAGCUAAGCAGGAGGCCGGUGCGACUCUUAGGUAUUAACACCUGGGAUGUGGCAGCUGCUCUCACACACCUGGACUGGAGCCUUUUCAAAUCCAUCCACGAGCAGGAGCUGGCGUACUACACCCUGAGCCGUGUGCCCGGUACAGGUCACACAGCGGCGCUCUCAGUCCUGCUCCAGCGCUGCAACGAGGUUCAGCAGUGGGUCAUGUCCGAGGUGCUCAUGUGUGCAUCGCUCAACAAGAGAGUACAGCUGCUCAAAAAGUUCAUCAAGAUCGCAGCUCAUUGUAAAGCCCAAAGAAAUUUGAACUCUGCAUUUGCCAUCAUUAUGGGACUCAACACAGCAGCUGUUAGUCGGCUCAACCAAACCUGGGAGAAAUGUCCAGGGAAGUUCAAGAAGCUUUUCUCAGAGUUGGAGCUCAUCACGGAUCCAUCUUUGAACCACAAAGCCUAUAGAGAAGCCUUCAAGAAAAUGAAGCCUCCCAAAAUCCCUUUCAUGCCUCUUCUCCUGAAAGAUAUCACAUUCAUCCACGAGGGAAAUAAGACUUUCCAUGACAACCUGGUCAACUUUGAGAAGCUGCACAUGAUCGCAGACACAGUGAGAAUGAUUCGCCACUGCCAAAGUGACCAGCCAGGCAACGAGGUUAUUGGGGUCGACAGUGCGGAGGUGAGAGCGAGCGUUCACUACCUGCACAUUAUCGACAAUCAACAGACGCUUUUCGAGCUCUCCCACAAGCUCGAGCCACGUGCUUAAAGACACAAAAAACGCACGUACCUUUAUAGACACCAACACAACACACCGGGAACGUGUGACUCUGAAGACGCUUUGUACAGCAAAAUGCCAAACACUCAGGCAUACACUGCAGCAAGAUCACACUACCAGCAGUGGUGCCAAGUGGACAAUAAGGUGCCACAUGUUCUCAAAAUAAACCUAUGAAGACACAGAGCUGCACUGUUCUUAAACUGCUUUAUGACACGGAAAAUGUGUUUAUAAAGGAUUUACGGUCAAAGGAUUCAUGUUAUAAACACUCUGUGAACUAAAGACGGAUACUUGCCAAACUGAGACAGAGAGAAGAGGACGCUGUAAUUUAGUUUGUACAGUAUCUAUUGGACUGAAUAUGUUUUUGUGAUGAGCUUUUGGUUAUUUAUGAGCCUGUUUAGCAGGUGGAAUGUUCCUUUAUUUCUGUCUUUGAAGUCGCGUCCACCCCCUGGAGGUCAUCAAGGACUUGACGGCCGCUUCUUCAGUCACAAACACAAAGCCAACCAUAAAGAUAAGUUUACAAUCUUUUGGCCACAAUGUAUAACCUUUAUGGUCUCAUAUUUCAUCUUCAUGUCACAUGCCUGCCUGGUGAUGCAGUAUGUUAUCCAGGAUACUUGCCUUAGUUGUUUAGGUGUAUGAUGUGGAGCAUUUCUUUUCAGCUAUUGUGUGGAUAUUAUGUAACACAAGCAGCAGUACAACACUAAAAGAACCCUACAGAACAUCUUCUUCCCUGUUUCACACUGAGACUCCGACUUUUAACAAAAAAUGAUCGGCCUCAGUGAGUGAAGUGUCUGGUAUGCGAAGAAACGUUUUUUUUGGGACUGACUGUGACAUUUGAAUUACUAAAGCUCUCGUCAACGUGCCAACGAGUCCAAAAACUGUUGGUGAAAACUUGACAUUUUUUGUUCCCCUUGUUUUCAUUCAUUCAUUCAUUCAAGUCCUGGUUGACUUUUAGCCAACUGCUCCUCACGCUCUCUUCUCUAUGAUGUUGUCGUAUGAUCAUAUCAUUUUAUAUUGUAUUUAAUAUGGACCUAUUGAUUUUUUUUUCAGUGCCAAAUGUCACAUCAAGUCCUGCAGCAUAGAGCUGGUGUAAGAGUUCCUGGUUUAUUUAGGCACCAUGGUCUUUUUUUUUCUCACCACUGUGUCGUUUCCUUAUCUCAGCCCCCAAUCUAUGUUUGGUCAGUGGUCAUGUAAAGCAGAGCAGAGGAUUCCUGUCAUUAUGAUGAGUGAUUUCUGGGUCUGUGUGUUGGUUUUGGAUUAGGACACACAGCCCUAUUAUAUCAUGUUUUCUUUUUCUCUUUGUAAAGCCUGAGGUUAAAUUAUGUCAAGAGAUAAGCCAAGCACAUGAGGAGAUUUCACAUUUUUCAGAAGUUUUGUGUAAACUGUGAAAACACAGGGUGUGGAAAGAGUAAAAACUUUUACAGCUUUAUUUAUGCACUGCAACUACUAACUAAUAUGGACUGAAAACGUGUCCUUUCUGAACCAACAGAUCCUAAAAACAUGUUCCUGUUUACUUUGCCCCGACAUGUGAACAACCGUUGUUAUUUCAAUCACAGAGGGACUAUCCUGUCUUUUUGAUGAGGGGAAACGUUCAGAAACGAUUAAUGAGUUACAAUGACUCGUACAAGGGGCACACUUUGGAUCCUCAACAUCAUCUGGCAAACUAUAAGCGUUUGUGUUCAUUAUGUCCCUGCCCUGUGUCUGUAAAACGCUUAGCCUGUCACAUCAGUGCUACAUUUCUGCUGAAUAGGAGGAAACAUCCAAAGGCGAGAUUCCUAAAUGUUAUGUAGCGAUGCACGUGUCGCAAUGUUUGGAUACUUUUAAAACACGGGUGGUAACGUGCAAUAGUAGAAGUAGUAGAAAUGUUGUUGCCACUAGUGUGUAUCAUCAUUUCAAUACCUAACAUUCAGAGCACAGAGGUGUGUCUUCUCCAGAUCAUAACUGAUGGACUGGGAUUUCCAACUGUUUAAGUACCAAAAACAUCUUUGGUUCAAAAAGAUCAGAGAUGAUUAAGGUAAAGACUCACUAAACAUAAUUUGUGUGUUUUCAGCAGACUAUUUUAACCUGUUGUUGCCACCAGCACAAGUGUGUUACACGGGAGUCUUGAGAUCGAUCCUCUCCAGGACUUGCUCAUAUCCACACAUCUACUCAAACUAUUCAAGAUUAUUAGAAUAAUAUUCAUAACAUCUGAGAGUGCGUUACUCCUUUAAAGUGAGACUAUGUAACUUAUGCCGCAGACACUUCACUUUCUUCUGGCAGGGAUGGAAUGAGGCUAGUUGCUAAGUUGAUGUUAAUCACUUUAGCAUUUAGCUAAAAGAAUAACCUGUAACAGUGGCACAUGUGGAAAGUAGUGAUUGAAAGUUUUAACGUAAGCCACAAUGAGGCUUCAGCAGCAAACAUACCGGGAAUGUUGAAUUUAACUAUUUGUUUUUGAACAUUUUAUUUGUAAGACGAUCAAUGUGUUUUACUUCUCUUAAAAAAAGUUACAUAGUCUCAUUUGAAAGAUGCAUCUUGUGAAACUAAGUCAGUGAUUCUGUGACAGCUAGAUGUAAUAACUCAGAGCCGUGGUCUGUUCAUAUUCAGUGUCAUAGAAAGGCCUUGUGGUAGUCAUUUUUACUAAAAACCUAUACAUGACGCACACAUGCACAAACACUCCUCUGUUCUUUGUGUUCAGGAGUACUGUGUUAUAUUACCUAUUUAUUGUAAUAUAUUGUUUAUGUAUUUUCGAGGUGACAAAAGUUCAGGUGCCAGAGGUUCAGCAUAGUACAAGAGCAUUUUGAGAAGAAAAGAUAUUUACGGUUUGAAUGCUCGAAUGCACCUGUUAUGCUUUGUGAUCACACUCCCCUUCCCUCUGGUGCUGUAAUAGACAGGAAACCAACAGGAAGGUGUAUUUAGUGUUUUAUUGGCCAUUCUGUGAAGUUACAUUUUUUUUAAAGCAAUGUUGUUUAAAACCUGUUUGCAUGUUAAAAUAAAAAAGUUCACAAUGCAAGAAAGGACACAUUGAAGGCUUUGUACUACUGUAAUAUUGUUUAUGUGUAAAUAUAUGCCCAUGUUUGGUAUGUAGUUUUCAGUUGUAAAUGAAAAGAAAAGUCAGACAGAAAGCAAUAUGUCUCUCCUUGUGUCCCAGCAACCUUCUGACAGCUGAAGCCAGAUGUCUUUUCUAAAGCAGUGUUUUACUAUUUCAACAUUUGACUGAAACAAAUAAAUCAUAGGUUUUAUGUGACAUCUC